AAAGCACAGAAUCACAUUCCAGAACAGAAGAGGGGUGGGCGGAGCUUCAGGUGAACAUGUAUAAGAGCUAUACAGGUGAGAGAGAGAGAGACCAGGAGUCUAAGUCUGAACUCACUCAGCAGGGCACAGACGAGAACAGCUUACGAAGAUGCUCAAAGGAUUACUGUCGGUGCUCUUGGUCCUGGUGACCUUGUCUUCUGUCAUGGGGAAACCUGACGCGACCACUCCAAAGAAAGAGAAGAGGAUUCCUCAGACACUCUCCAGAGGAUGGGGUGAUCAGCUGAUUUGGGCACAGACAUAUGAGGAAGCUCUGUUUUGGUCACGAUCCAAAAACAAGCCCCUCAUGGUCAUCUUUCACCUGGAGGACUGUCCACACAGCCAGGCUCUGAAGAAGGCUUUCGCUGAGGAUAAAGUCAUCCAGACGUUGGCCGAUGAGGAAUUUGUGAUCUUGAACUUGGUGUACGAGACCACAGAUAAACACUUGUCUCCUGAUGGCCAGUACGUUCCCAGAAUCCUCUUUGUCGAUCCCUCCAUGACUGUCCGUGCAGACAUCACCGGCCGUUAUUCCAACCGUUUGUACGCCUAUGAACCUGCGGAUAUGAAACUCUUGUUGAGCAACAUGCAAAGAGCCUUGAAGUUUCUGAAGACAGAGUUGUGAACACAAAAGCCUAGUCUUUUUGUCCGCCAAAUGGAAAUUACUUCCCUGAGGGUCACUAUUAUUCUGUCAUUUGUUUACUGAUGGCAUGAAGCGCACUGUACUGUACAAAAUAAAAAUAAAAAAAUGUGUUAGAGUAGAUUGUUACGGUAAACUUAAGGCUUUCUUUUCAUGUUUUUUCAAUAAAUGAAGUUUCCUGAAAACGUG